UUAAGCGUGUCGUGUCGGAGACGCUAAAAAAAAACCUCCCCUUUCUGUCUUCAUUCUUUUUUUUUCAGCCAUGAUGAACUCUGUGCGAAGACCCGUAAAGGACUUGGCAGAUAACAAACGCCGGUGGAGAGAUAAAUUUAGACAACAAUGUAACGAUCGCAUGAAGAAUGAUCGACAAGCAAAAGUAAAUCAAAACAGACAAGAACAGUUUAUGCAACACAUGAUUCAAAACGAAUGGGCUGAAUUCGUUCGCCUAAAUGAACAAACAAUGAGAGAGGAAGGCAUAAUGGAUAUUAAUGAUCUCAUUAGUGAAAGUAUACACAAUGACGAUGAAACACAAGUGCAUUUAUUAUUGGAAGAACAGGAACUGGAAGAGGCUAUCGCGUGUUAUGAACAGUCCAGACAAUGUGUGUCCUGUAAAAAAAGUGUAUUAACAUUCACAUCACAACUUGCGUCUUGUCCCACCUGUGGAUUUUAUGCAACAGAAUCGUGUCUCGCUCAGAUCGAUGCUGCCUCCUUUUCUCAUGCGCAACAAUGUCAAGGACCCAUUGAAGUUUCUCUUGAACCAGGAACAGAUAACACACUCUUGGUCGCAUGUGAUUCAUGUGGUUUGUGGGAUAUGUUUUAUAUGUAAAUAGCAAUAAAAAUUAUGGAUAAGGAUUGCGGGCUCUCUCUCUCUCUCUUUUUUUUUUUUGUAUAUGUGUAUGCACAUCAUACAUGCAAUGAAGC